UCUCUCAUCUCUCUCUUUCUCAAGCACACUCUAUGCCAGGCGGCGUAGGCUACAAAACCUGACAAAACAACAGAGCUUCUUUUUCGACCUCUCUUUGUGUAUUUACCGUUAUACCCUUCGUAACUGAAAACGGCACCACAUUCGUCCUCCUCCUUUUGUUACCUCUGUUUCUCCCUCUUUGUUUCCUCUCCGCCAAUUUGCAUCCGUUACAGCAGUCACCGGUAACGGAAAAGCUGUUACGCCGGAGAAAAACCACGAUGAUCGGAACGGGAAGAUAUCUCAUCGGCCUCGCUGGAGCUAGCGGCUUCGGCUCCAAAUCCACCGCCGACGAUGUCACCGAGAACAGCGACCUCAGCCCCAUUACCGCCAUAAUCACUGGCGCGACGUCGGGGAUUGGAGCGGAGACGGCUAGGGUGCUGGCGAAGCGAGGAGCGAAGCUGAUCUUACCGGCGAGAAACGUGAAGACAGCAGAGGAAGCGAAGGCGAAGAUCGUCGCUGAAUCUCCGGCGGCGGAGAUCAUCGUCAUGGCGCUUGAUCUUAGCUCUCUCUCUUCCGUGCGAAGCUUCGUCUCCGAGUUCGAGUCUCUCCGUCUCCCUCUCCAUCUUCUCAUAAACAACGCAGGCAAGUUUGCACAUGAACAUGCAAUCUCGGAAGACGGAAUCGAGAUGACGUUUGCAACUAAUUAUCUAGGCCAUUUUCUGUUGACCAAGCUGCUGCUUCAGAAGAUGAUCAAAACGGCAGAAGAAUCGGGCGUCCAAGGUCGGAUUGUGAACGUCUCGUCCGGAAUCCAUGGCUGGUUUGAAGGUGAUAUGAUCGAAUACCUCCGGCAGAUUUCCCGACCAAAGUGUCAAUUCGAUCCAACACGUGCUUAUGCUCUCUCGAAGCUCGCCAACGUUUUGCAUACCAAGGAGCUCUCUUCCCUUCUCCAGAAAUCGGGAGGGAAUGUGACUGUGAACUGUGUACACCCAGGCAUUGUUAGGACCCGUUUGACAAGAGAACGAGAAGGCCUUUUCACAGCUCUUGCUUUCUUCUUUGCUUCCAAGCUGGUCAAGACCAUCCCUCAAGCCGCGGCGACGACGUGUUACGUGGCGACAAGCCCGAGGUUGGUGAACGUAUCGGGGAAGUACUUCGCGGACUGCAACGAAACGACGCCGUCUUGGCUCGCCUCCAACUCCGCCGAAGCUGCCAGAUUAUGGGCUGCUUCUGAUGUUCUGGUAACCAAAGGCACCAAAUCCGUUUUCGACCCUUGCCUGUAGCUAAAUGUGUUUUUUUUUUCCUUAAACAUAUUUUAGAAAGUAAACUAUCUCUAGAUUAUACUUAAAUAUAAUCAAAGCUUAAUCCACCGUAGGUAUACAUUAUGGUCCCUACAUAUGUAGAAACAAAAUGUCAAGUGGUAUAAUACAUAAAGAUAUACAAGUGGUUCGGUGCAAUUCAGUUUGUAUAGCUUAUGUACUUGGCGUGCGUGUGUAUAUAUAUAUGGAUAAUUAAUAGUUAAAGUUGUUUGGGGGUUUCUUAGUUUUAAAACAAAG